GAAUAGUGUUUGAUUCAUGAAUCAUCGAUCAUCGUUGAGCUAAAUGCAACAUUUACAUCCAUCCAGUCACCGGUGAUAACAUGCAGAGUCAGACAGUACUCAUAGAAAAGAAGAAGAAGAUUACGGAGUCCAUUAAUUUGCACAACAGACUCGGGUCGGCUUUGUGGCGCUUGCCAACUGAAGUCCUAUCGGAAAUUUUUAUUCACUGUCUCCCAGAAACCAGUCACCCCACAUCAGCACUAGCUCCCAUGCUGUUGACUGUAAUAUGCCGACGAUGGAGGGAGGUUGCUAUGGACAUGCCCAAUUUAUGGUGCAGGCUACUGUUGAAAGUCUGCGGAGACUGGCAACGGAAAGUUCUCUGCUAUGAUUCAUGGCUCAAGCGAUCGCGAGGGCUCCCGCUCUCGCUGGUUUUCCAUUGCUACGCACAUAACUCGACCUGGCUCGUACGAAACCUUCUUCGGCCCUAUAUCAACGAAAUCGUGUCUCUCGCUGUCUUUGCCGUUCGCCUCAUUGACAAACCUGAACGUAUGGCAGCAUACCUCCCAGCACUUCAGGAGCUGACCUUAUCCACGGUUGGUUGCGGCCUUCCUGUGCCAACUACUGGUCACUCUUUCUCGCCCAACCUGCGCAGUCUCACGGUGAUAGGGCCACUGUUCGACCUCGGAAUCAUAUCUUCUUUUAAUCCCGUAUGGUCGCACCUGACACAUGUCAAUCUCGCUAUGCGUCAUUUGAAUGCAUUCUUCCACUUGCUCCAUCUAUGUUUUGCACUCUCCUCCUCAAAGAUUUGCAUCAUACACAACCGAACACAGGCCUUAGAGCCGUUCACGCACGCCAAACUUCAAGCCUUACACAUCAAUUCUGGCACCAACUGUCUACCUGACCUUUUCAAUGCUCUAUCACUCCCUGAUUUACGCAUUCUUAACGUUAGCUAUUCACAAACAUGGCAUCACAAGGAGUUCAUGGCAUUUUUGAUGAGGUCGAAUUGUCCCCUGGAGAGGAUUUUCGGCUUAGGAGUGACGAUGACAGAUGAGCAACGAGCAGAAUGUGUUGCCCUUAUUCCUUCCCUCCAAACAGUAUAAAGCGGCCAAGUCUUACGCAUACAUUGACACGCUGCUCUACUGCUUCCAUCCCCGUUCCUCCAGUAUCCUCGGUUGUUUCUAAUAAGCUGCUGUCCGACGAGGGAAACUCUGUGGUGUUCACAGGUGUUUUCAUCGAGUACCUAGUGUGCGUCUUACCGCAGUGCAGCAAUAUUAUAUUGUCAGUCAUUACCCCUAGAAUUGAAAUUCCAAUAA